CCACAUGUCUCCAACACUCUGGCUCACUAGGAAAUGAAGCCCUAUGUCCAAAAUUCUGAACUGUCCCUUUAAAUUUUUAACAAUUCAUAACAGGUGAACAGUCCUCACCAGGGUGUUUCUUCUUUUGUGGAUUAAGUGUCGUUUGUAUGCUAAAAUGUAUGUAAUUAUGUGUGUAUUCUAGCUAUUUCUGUAUCAUUAUCUUUAAAUCACUGCACUUUAAGCUUUGGAAAGAGUAUUUGCUUUUCAUAUUGUGGCCAAUGAUAAUUCAGAGCUAAUUCACAGUAUGCAUAAAGAUAGUAUUGUGACAUUAUUCAGUGUAUUUUAUUCAGAUGUAUUCACUGUCCCAGACACUGCAAAUGAGACCUUUUUAUCACUGUAAUGCUAAAAGUUUUCAGGCACUUUGUAUUUCUGCCAGUUCUCAUGUUAUAAUUUACUUUGUAUUUUUAAUAGUCCAAAUGAUCUUGUUUUUAUCUAUGUUAUAAUGUUGUUUCCUCAUCACAAACAGACCUGGAGUUGUAUGUAAAUGUUUAACGCACAAACCCUGCAUAUUUAGGCUGAGUUCUGCUCUGUUUCCACCUUGUGAUGUCAUCUGGUGAUAUAGGAAGUGCUUCAAUGUGUUUUUAAACUCUAUACACUUUCACUCGAAUCAUUUGGGAACCGUGGAAUUGCCAGUCUCUGUGAAAACAAAAAGUAAAGCGUGGCCAUCAACUUGAAAAAUACUGCCUAAUGACAUCACAAGGUGGAACGGAGCAUUUUAAGAUUUGAAGAUGUAGACAGACUAAUAAUAAAUGAUUACUCAAACGUGAAUGAAACAAAACACAACUCCAAGUCUGUUUUUGAGGAGAAAACAACAUUAUAACACAACUUAAAGCUCACAAGAGUCUAUUUUGUGUAAUAUUGGAUCUUUAAUGUUAUGUAUGUUUAAAUGUUUGUACUGCACAAAUACUUGGGAGAAUCACUUGAACACUUUGUCAAUAAAAUGUUUAAUUCAUAUUUAAAAUCAUUUCAGCUCCAUGUCAUCUCCUCAUCCAUGACAUCAGAUUUAUCCGAGUGUGUGCUCCGGUCGAUGCAGAGAAGUCGACGCCUUCUUUUCGUCCUCAGUCCGGAGUUUUUGGCGGAGAAAAGCUUCAGUUUAUUUGAGUGUCGCUUGGGCUUGUACCUGGAGCACGCACAGAAAGCAAACAUCGUUACCGUGGGUUACCGUUCUGUUAGCAAACUCCCCUGCGUUGAGGUCGCCCAAAUCCGCAAAGCAGCCAGCGCUAUGGUAACGUGGAGGGGGAAGAGAUCCGAAUCGCCACGGUCACGUUUUUGGCUUCGUUUACGGUUGGCGCUCCCCGUACGACCGCUCGCUCUGGGUCGCAGGAUGAUUGACAGCACCUCCUCCCAUUCGGAUCUGGCGGCGUUCGUGCUUCAGAAGCACUACCGAGAAACAGCCAAUCAGGGAAGAGCUCUCAGGAAGUCAUUAACCAGUCAGAGUAGAGGGAGCAGGCGGGCUUCAGCGAAUACGAGUCUGCGCCGGGAGAGGCAGGGCGUGGCUACGGAGGCGAGGAGGAGGUGUUCCGGUUGGGUCGAAGUUGAAACCGAGCAGUCACGGGAUCGACCGGAAGCGAGGCCCGAGGCUGUCAAUCAAACAGGCCCCGCCCCUUUGACAGAUGUGACCAAUCAGGUGGGGAUUGGCUCUUCUGACCCCUCCCCUUUGCCUGACGCUUCUGAAAUUGAGCAGUCGCAACGGGAAACAAGGUCCGAACCUGUCAAUCAAAUUGGUCCUGCCCAUUCGACAGAUCCGACCAAUCAGACGAGCCACGAUCCGGAUAUUGACAAGUCAGAGGUGAAAUCGAUGUCCGUCCAUCAAGACGGCCCCGCCCUUUUAUCCGACCCAGCCAAUCAGGUGUCCUCUGGUAAUCCUGACCCCGCCCCUUUACCUAACUCCACUGAAACGGAUAAGGCGGUGAUAGACUCCACCCCUUUCACAAAUGACUCCGCCCACAACCCUGACCCCACCCUUUCAUCCGAGUCCCCGUGUGCGAUUCUAACAGACUUAACUCAUUUAAACAGUAAAGACCUGGACCCCACCCUGUCACCUGACUCCGCCCCCUUCACAGACUCCACCCACUCUGAAGGUCAACAGGAAGUCGGAGAAAUACAGCAAACCAAUACAGCAGCAUAACAGACGAUGGUUUUUUGUAUUAUUAUUAUUAUUAUUAUUCUACAUUGUUUACUUUCAUAUUGUUCAACAGACACAACUUACAGUGUACAUUGGGAGUUUUAAUGUUUACAGUGCUUAUAAUCUUUAAAUAUUUGCCAUCUUUUAUAUGUAAUUAUCAUAUGUUUAUGUGGAUUGUUGAAUUUCAGUCUUAACAUGCAAAAAGGUGACAUCAUUUAUUUAUUAAGAGUCAGUAUUUCUAUUUUGUAAAUGCUGAAGUCAGUGUCCCCGGCAGAGAAACUUUGUAAUAUUUUUUUCUUGCAUUAGCUUGACCAGCCAAACUCCUUUAUUAUUGUUGCAAAUUGAAGUUAAAACUUUUAAAAUGGAAAUUCAUGUUUAAUUAAUCCCUCAAGUAUUUAAAUGGUGUGUAUUUUUAUUUAUUUAUGUAUUUUUAUUUAUUUAUUUAUUUAAUUAAAGCUCCUAUAUUACGCAAAAUUGACUUAUUGUUGUUAGCUCCUCAUAAACCUACAUGGAGUUGUGUUUUGUUUCAUUCACACGUUUAUGAAAACCAGAAAUGUCAAAAUCAAAAAUUAUCCCAUGAUAUAAUUCUAUUUGGCCCGUGAGAUCAUAUCAAACAUGUAUUAGAGCUGGCUCACCGGAUACAGAUAGACUAUAGAGCAGGGGUCUCUAACCUGUCGCUCGGGAGCUACUGGUAACUCUCCAACCCCUUCCUAGUAGCUCACCAAGGGAUUUCUGAAUGACAUGUAUUGUGCUGAAUAAGUAACAUUUGAUUAAUUAAAUGCCUUUUACUUUUGUACAUAUAUCAUUUUGAUGCCUGAUUUGUGCACUGACUCACCUCAAGGGGCUUUUCCUUAAUACAUAAAUGUGAAAUAACACUAAUGAAAGGAUAAUGGUUUACGUUUUAUAGGCAUGUAACUGUACUUCAUUUAAGGUGUGGCGUGGCUCUUAUAUAUGCUCAAUUUCCAGUAGCUCUCUGGCAUUUUCGCUUUGUAAAAGUAGCUCACUGGAGGAAAAAGGAUGGAGACACCUGCUAUAGAGACAGUAUUUAUUUUAAAUGUGUUAUUAUUUUAUAUUAUGCUUGUUCUGGAUUCAGUGUUUAAGCAAAACUAUUAUUAAACAUUUUUCUUAAUAAGAAAAGGUUUAACAUUACAUAUCUCAAAAAAAAAAGAAAACAUGCACACAUUUUUUAACAAAUAUUUAGUUUGGCAGAUGACUUAGUCGCAGUUUUUAAUUUUGGCCUCUGUGAAUUUGAGUUUGACUCCCCUGAUGUAAACUAUUAGUCUGUCCAAAUCUCCUAAAAUCCAGAUUUGCUGUUCUACCUUGUGAUGUCAUGUAGUGGUAGUUAACAGUUACAACAGCAAGUUUUACCUUUAGUUUAGUAGAGGUGGCAAAUCCAGGACAGAAAACAUCCAAAUGAUUCUAGUGAAGGUGUAUGGAGUUUAUUUCUUAUGUUACCACAUGACAUGACAAGGUGGAACGGUGUGUUUUAUGUUUGAGAGAAGAACUCUACCUAAAUAUGCAGAGUUUGUGUUAAACAUGUGUGAAAGAAACAAAACACAACUCCAUUUCUGUUUGUGAUGAGGAAAAGUAUUAUAAGUGUUAUAACACACCAAAAAAUAGCGUAAAAAGGGCCCUUUUUUAUCUAUUCCCCUUUUUAUCAAUCAAUUAAUACAUCUUGGAAAUCCAAACAAGGACUUGAAUUAUUCUUUAAUAUAGUGAGAUAACUAAUAUACAACUAUUACUAUACAACAAUUGUAAAUUCAAAUACUUACACAUGUAUCUGAGAGACGUGUAGAACAUGUAAA